AUGUCGCUUCCUCUCUCACAAACAUUCUCAAUGUUCGAGAAGCCGAAACCUGCUGUGAUGGGUCUCCACAAACCUCUGGUCAUGGCUAUAGCAACUGGUUUGCGAACAAAAAUGUGGGUCAGGAUGGCGAACGACAGUGCGAGUGGCAACGCGUAA